UAUUUCUACGAUCUACAUUCGCGCGCGGGCUUUGAGUCUAGCCGCACGGUAAAAUUUGAUAAAUAAAAGGGCUAGGACCCAGAGUCGUGAAACUGAUUUAAAAUUAUCGAACUGUAAAAUUUCGCGCCAUCGCAUUUUUAAUUUUCCGAAGGCAGUGAUUGUGUUCAAAACAUUCAAUAUGACGAUUUACAGCAAAAUUGUUCAAAUAAUUUUGGUUGGUGUUUAACAAUGAAAUCCUGAGUUCCAGCUUUUGCAGAAUAGAAUGGCAGAGGCAGUGGAAGCGGGCGCUAGUUUGGCCUGGCGGUUGUUGGCGACGCUGGAAGUAGGGUCCAUCUUAGUGGCCACCUCAGCGCUUAUAGCUUACACUACCAGAACUAAGCUCGUCCGUCAGAGACCGCUAAGGACUGCGAACAGCUUUCUGCUAACCAACUCAACAAAUGCAUUAGGUCAAGAGGUCAAACGAAGGUUAGAAGCUGAAGGUUGCACCGUGCACACACCCACAAGCGACGCGGCGAGCAAAGCGGAAGCGGAUAAGGUGGACUGCCUAGUGGUGAUAGGAGCGGAGUCGAAAGCGGGUUUGGAUGGUAUUUCGAGACUGGUUUCUGAAGAUGUAUAUGAGAAUUUAAAUCUAUUGGAAUCGCUGGCAAGGCGCGUGAAGCGUGGUGGGUGCAUUGCAUGGGCAUGCGCAGCAGGCGACACGAGCGGAGCGUACGGAGACGCGGCCGCCGCUUUCGACGCCGUCAUCCAGGCCAGCUUGCGACACGUCGCUAAAAAUUCACACUGCGAUCCCAUCUGGGUGGGUCGCUGUUCCGGCGUAGAACGGGCCGUCGAGCGAACCCUCGCAGAGCUUUUGCCUUGUACCACACAAGAACACGGGUUCUCAAUUAGAGUUAUUAGAAAUGCUGCACACAAAGUGAGUGAGUACCUGAGCCGGUGGUUAAAGAUGGCGACGUGAAUAACCGAUAAUAAAUAACAUGAAAAAAGAAGAAUUAAAUUUUUAAAAAAUGAUUACAAAUGUCUUAGGAUGUUCUUUUAUUCAGUGAUAUUAUGUGUAGUUACCUAAAAAUAAAUGAAUACGUCUUGUAAAUACAGUGUAAACUCCAUGUAACGUCACUCUAUUUAACGACAAACUCCCUUAAGCGUCGAAAUCAGUUGGCUUCGGUUGGUUUAGCUUGUCAUUCAUACCAUGUUUCACUCUACAUAGCAUUACACCCACUCUCAAUAAGGACAACAAUUGAGUAAUAAAAAGUACAUUUUAAGUUGCUAAAAUUAGUAAAAACUGCGCAGCUGUGUACGAUCUAUUGUCGCUUUAUUAUCCUAGCCCGCAAUAAACUCGACUGUCGGCAUCAUGCAUACCGAACAUUCUAAGAAAUUCGUUCUUUUGUUUACAAAUUGGGAUUGCUUGUACGUGUACACUGUUGUUGACCAUGAUUCAUAAGUAGGAGUCAUGGAUUAUGUAUACCUUAUCAUAUUCUUAGUUGCUCACAAACUUUCUAGCGUUCAAAUAACAUUCUUUUUUAUGCACAUAAAUAAACUUUUUCUUUUUCUAAUUCUGAUGUUUCUUCUCUCCAUUUAACGACAACUCUCUAUAACGCCAUAAAAUGCACAGUCCCUUCGGUGUCGUUAUAUAGAGUUUAUACUGUAGUU